AUGGCAGAAGAAGAGAUUCUCAUUGUCGGCGCCGGUAUCUUCGGCGUCAGCACCGCCUACCACCUAGCAUGUAGCAGUUCCAACCCUUCUCGAAUCACGCUUUUAGACCGCGGCGCCCCUCCUUCCACGCCGGCCGCAUCGACGGAUAUCAACAAGAUCAUUCGCGCGGACUACUCCAACCCACUGUAUAUGAGUCUGGGGUUCGAAGCCAUCGAGGCCUGGAAGUCGCUCCCGUUUUUCCAGGACGCGGGUGUCUAUCAUCAGUCAGGAUGGAUUGCGAUGGAUGAGAAGGACAGUGAUCUGCCCCACCGUAUUAGGAAGAACUUUUCAGAGAGUGGUCGCGAGGAUGUGAUCGUCGACAUGACUGAGGAAGAGGUAAAAACUCGUUGGGGUGGACUGCUUCAGGGAACUGAUUGCACUCCGUUUGGGUCAUAUUAUUUUAACCCCUCGGCGGGAUGGGUGGAUGCUGGGAAGGCAUUGGCCAUUAUGGCGAACGAGGCCGUGAAGAUGGGCGUCAAAUAUGAAAUUGGCGAGGCACGUAGGGUUGUCCGCGGAGAAGACGGGGUGCAGGCAAUCGAAACAGAUACUGGUGCGGUCUUCAAAGCAGACAAGAUCCUUCUAGCUACGGGAGCAUGGACAAGCCAGUUAAUGUCUUCUGUUGAAGAUGAGCUGGCAUUGCCUGACGAAGAGCGAGUAGAGAACCAGGCAUCUGCUGCUGGCGUUUGCGUUGCUCAUUUUCAGCUUUCGGGGGCUGAGAAAGAGACAUACUCGCAGCUACCGGUGUUUGUAUACGGCGGACAAGGGGAAGUAAUACCACCAACGGAUUCGGGGAUUCUCAAGUUCACAUUUGCGACGUCCGUUAAGAAUAUAGUCAGCACAACUUCUGGCCAUGAGAUAUCUGUCCCUGUUGCAGACCAAACAAAUGCUCCACCUGGUCUCCAGGAAGACUCGAUCAAUCUGAUUAGGCCGCGCUUACCUCAGGUUCUGGACAAUGGCCGCAAACCAGAUUAUUAUCGCCUGUGCUGGGACUCUAUUACCCCCGAUCAACAGCCACUCAUCACUAGACACCCAAACCCUAGCCUCUCGAAUGUGUACUUCGCGAUAGGGGGCUCGUUCCAUUGCUAUAAGUUUCUUCCGACAAUUGGAAAAUACGUGGCCAACGUGGUGAAUGGUGUGAGUAACGGCCCGCAGAAGGAUCAGGCCUGGGCGUGGAAGCCAGCCCACGAAAGCAAGAGAGGAGUGCAUGAGAAGCUGGUGCCAACGAGAGUGUUUCAAGACUUUACAUGA